ACACGACAUGGCAUCACCGUCGAGAGAAAGACCACCCAUCUGCACUCCUCAUCAUCAGCGUUGAGCUGCCCAAAGACGAUGAUCACGCAGCUACAAGCAGUAUCAAGGCGUUCGGCGUUCGGCCGUGCGUCCACGCACCGACCCCUGUGUCGACGGUGGAUGAGUGUCAGACCGGAGGAAAGCUCUCCUAUUGCUGCUUCACGAAAGAAGGUGACGAUCCAGCACCUGCACGCGAUGCGCAAGGCCGGCACGCCCAUCGCCAUGCUCACCGCGUACGACUUCCCCACCGGGCGUGCGUGCGAAGCACACGGCAUCGACAUCACGCUCGUCGGCGACUCGCUCGCGCAGGUCUGCCUCGGCUACCCCGCGACGACGUCCCUCACGCUCGACGAGAUGGUCCACCACUGCGCGGCGGUCGCGCGCGGGAGCAAGGCCCCGCUGCUCGUCGCGGACAUGCCGUUCGGGACGUACCACGCGGGCGCGGAGGACGCGGUGCGCAGUGCGGUGCGGCUCGUGCGCGAGGGCGGCGUCGAGGCCGUCAAGCUCGAAGGAGGACUCGAGAUCGUCGACGUCGUGCGCAAGCUCACCGGCAUCGGCAUACCGGUCAUGGCGCACGUCGGGCUCCUCCCGCAGCGCCAGGCGAUGAUGUCUGGGUAUCGCGUGCAGGGGCGGAGCGCGGAGGCGGCAAGGGGGCUCAUGCAGAGCGCGCUGGCGCUCGAGGAUGCGGGUGCAUUUGCGGUCGUGCUCGAGGCGGUCCCGCAUCCGGUCGCGUCGUACAUUACAAGGCGGAUGCGGCGUGCACCGACGAUUGGCAUCGGGGCGGGAGCGGGGACGGAUGGGCAGGUGCUCGUGUGGGAUGACCUGAUGGGUACUUGGGGCGGGCACGAAGCAAAGUUUGUGCGGCGGUUUGGGGACGUGAGGGGCGAGGUGGAGAGAGGUAUCAAGGCGUACAUGGGUGCUGUGAGAGACCGUAGCUUUCCUGCGGAAGAGGAGAGCUACGAGAUGCUGCCGGAAGAGUUGGAGAAGUUCAUGAACAUGGUGGAAAAGGACAGGUCGCAGUGAUUGCAUACGCGAGAUUGAUCUAACGCUCUAUAUGCUUAUUAGAUAUCUAUAUUACACACAGACUAUUCGCCAAAAUUAUUUCUGAUUGUUGUGCUUUACUGGUU